AUGUUGGAUGACAGAUGGAGGGGGAAGCCCAGAGAGUUCCAGAAACCGGCCUCUGUGACCGAGGUCAGGAUUUCAAUGUAACAACUUGGCUGAACGUGCCCCAUUGAGGAGUGAGUUGGAAAUGGCGGCGAGUAGUUCGGACAAAAUGGAGGAAAUGGAGGAAAUGGAGAUAUAGUUGAUGAAGCAACAGCUGUGCUGGAAUGCGAACAAUAGGGGUGUCAGUUCUGAAAUCCCAGUUUAUGCUACAAAACCAACUUUAUAAGAGGUUUUAAAAAUGGGUUCUAUUUGACUCAACAUUCCAUGACAAACACUAAGGGUGCGUUCGUAAAUUCGCUCUGGCUAUCUACUCCGAUUUCAAAGCACUCUCGUCUUUUACAGCCCUCUAACGGCCCGAUUUUACAGCCCUCUAACCAAUUGUACUAUUAUGUGUGUUUUUUCGCGUGAUUUGUAAUUUAUUCUGUACAUAAUGUUUCUGCCAUCGUCUCUUAUAACCAAAAAGAGCUUCUGGAUAUCAGGACAGCAAUUACUCACCUCGUAUUGGACAAAUAUUUUUUCUUCAACGAGGUGGCCGCGAAGGAUAUCCUACAGACACCCGACAAGGCCCAAAUCCACGUCAUUCGCAGGAGAAAGAGACAGAGAUAUCGUGGACGUAGGUCUGGGGGCCUCGUUAGGAUCCGACGGCGAGCGAGUAAACUGCCUCUUCCAUCAAUCCUAUUAGCCAAUCUUCAAUCAUUGGAGAAUAAAUGAGAUGACCUACGAUUACGCUUAUCCUACCAACGGGACAUUAAAAACUGUAAUAUCUUAUGUUUCACCGAGUCGUGGCUGAACGACGACAUGGACAACAUACAGCUAGCGGGCUAUACGCUACAUCGGCAAGAUAGAACGGCUGACUCCGGUAAGACAAGGGGUGGCGGUCUGUGUAUAUUUGUAAAAAAAACAGCUGGUGCACAAAAUCAAAUACUAAGGAAGUCUCAAGGUUUUGCUCACCUGAGGUAGAGUACCUUAUGAUAAGCUGUAGACCACACUAUUUACCAAGAGAGUUUUCAUCUAUAUUUUUCAUAGCUGUCUAUUUACCACCACAAACCAAUGCUGGCAUUAAGAUUGCACUCAAUGAACUGUAUAAGGCCAUAACUAAACAGGAAAACGCUCAUCCAGAGGCAGCGCUCCAAGUGGCCGGGGACUUUAAUGCAGGGAAACUUAAAUCCGUUCUACCUCAUUUCUACCAGCAUGUUAAAUGUGCAACCAGAGGAAAAAAAACUCUAGACCACCUUUACUCCACACACAGAGACGCAUACAAAGCUCUCCCUCGCCAUCCAUUUGGCAAAUCUGACCAUAACUCUAUCCUCUUCAUUCCUGCUUAUAAGCAAAAACUAAAGCAGGAAGCACCAGUGACUCGGUUAAUAAAAAAGUGGUCAGAUGACGCAGAUGCUAAGCUACAGGACUGUUUUGCUAGCACAGACUGGAACAUGUUCCGGUAUUCUUCAGAUAGCAUUGAGGAGUGCACCACAUCAGUCACUGGCUUCAUCAAUAAGUGCAUCGAUGACGUCAUCCCCACAGUGACCGUACAUACAUACCCCAACCAGAAGCCAUGGAUUACAGGCAACAUCCGCACUGAGCUAAAGGCUAGAGCUGCCGCUUUCAAGGAGCGGGACUCUAACCCGGACGCUUAUAAGAUAUCCCGCUUUGCCAUCCGACGAACUAUCAAACAGGCAAAGAGUCAAUACAGGACUAAGAUUGAAUCGUACUACACCGGCUCUGAUGCUCGUCGGAUUGUGGCAGGGCUUGAAAACUAUUACAGACUACAAAGGGAAGCACAGCCGCGAGCUGCCCAGUGACACAAGCCUACCAGACGAGCUAAACCACUUCUAUGCUCGCUUUGAGGCAAGCAACACUGAAGCAUGCAUGAGAGCAUCAGCUGUUCCGGAUGACUAUGUGAUCACGCUCUCCGUAGCCGAUGUGAGUAAGAGUUUUAAACAGGUCAACAUUCACAAGGCCGCAGGGCCAGACGGAUUACCAGGACGUGUACUCCGAGCAUGUACUGACCAACUGGCAAGUGUCUUCACCAACAUUUUCAACAUGUCCCUGAUUGAGUCUGUAAUACCAACAUGUUUCAAGCAGACCACCAUAGUCCCCGUGCCCAAGGACACUAAGAUACAGUGGGGAAAAAAAGGUAUUUAGUCAGCCACCAAUUGUGCAAGUUCUCCCACUUAAAAAGAUGAGAGAGGCCUGUAAUUUUCAUCAUAGGUACACGUCAACUAUGACAGACAAAUUGAGAGUAAAAAAUCCAGAAAAUCACAUUGUAGGAUUUUUUAUGAAUUUAUUUGCAAAUUAUGGUGGAAAAUAAGUAUUUGGUCACCUACAAACAAGCAAGAUUUCUGGCUCUCACAGACCUGUAACUUCUUCUUUAAGAGGCUCCUUUGUCCUCCACUCGUUACCUGUAUUAAUGGCACCUGUUUGAACUUGUUAUCAGUAUAAAAGACACCUGUCCACAACCUCAAACAGUCACACUCCAAACUCCACUAUGGCCAAGACCAAAGAGCUGUCAAAGGACACCAGAAACAAAAUUGUAGACCUGCACCAGGCUGGGAAGACUGAAUCUGCAAUAGGUAAGCAGCUUGGUUUGAAGAAAUGAACUGUGGGAGCAAUUAUUAGGAAAUGGAAGACAUACAAGACCACUGAAAAUCUCCCUCGAUCUGGGGCUCCACGCAAGAUCUCACCCCGUGGGGUCAAAAUGAUCACAAGAACGGUGAGCAAAAAUCCCAGAACCACACGGGGGGACCUAGUGAAUGACCUGCAGAGAGCUGGGACCAAAGUAACAAAGCCUACCAUCAGUAACACACUACGCCGCCAUGUACUCAAAUCCUGCAGUGCCAGACGUGUCCCCCUGCUUAAGCCAGUACAUGUCCAGGCCCGUCUGAAGUUUGCUAGAGUGCAUUUGGAUGAUCCAGAAGAGGAUUGGGAGAAUGUCAUAUGGUCAGAUGAAACCAAAAUAUAACUUUUUGGUAAAAACUCAACUUGUCGUGUUUGGAGGACAAAGAAUGCUGAGUUGCAUCCAAAGAACACUAUAUCUACUGUGAAGCAUGGGGGUGGGAACAUCAUGCUUUGGGGCUGUUUUUCUGCAAAGGGACCAGGACGACUGAUCCGUGUAAAGGAAAGAAUGAAUGGGGCCAUGUAUCGUGAGAUUUUGAGUGAAAACCUCCUUCCAUCAGCAAGGGCAUUGAAGAUGAAACGUGGCUGGGUCUUUCAGCAUGACAAUGAUCCUAAACACACCACCCGGGCAACGAAGGAGAUUUUCUAUGGGAUUAAGGUCUGGAGACUGGCUAGGCCACUCCAGGACCUUAAUGUGCUUCUUCUUCAGCCACUCCUUUGUUGCCUUGGCCAUGUGUUUUGGGUCAUUCUCAUGCUGGAAUAUCCAUCCACGACCCAUUUUCAAUGCCCUGGCUCUCAGAGCAUGAGAAACAAGAUUCUCUGGUCUGAUGAAACCAAGAUUGAACUCAUUGGCCUGAAUGCCAAGCGUCACGUCUGGAGGAAACCUGGCACCAUCCCUACGGGGAAACAUGGUGGUGGCAGCAUCAUGCUGUGGGGAUGUUUUUCAGCGGCAGGGACUGGGAGACUAGUCAGGAUCGAGGGAAUAAUGAACGGAGCAAAGUACAGUGAGAUCCUUGAUGAAAACCUGCUCCAGAGCACUCAGGACCUCAGACUGGGUCAAAGGUUCACCUUCCAACAGGACAACGACCCUAAGCACACAGCCAAGACAAUGCAGGAGUGGCUUCGGGACAAGUCUGUGAAUGUCCUUGAGUGGCCAGUCUUGAACCCAAUCGAAAACUCUGGAGAGACUUGAAAAUAGCUGUGCAGCGACGAUCCCCAUCCAACCUGACAGAGCUUGAGAGUAUCUGCAGAGAAGAAAAUGGGAGAAACUCUCCAAAUACAGUGCAUACUUCAGCAUAACGUUUUCUACAGGCUUCCUCAUGGUUGAAUUUAAUGUCAUGUUCUCAGAAACAUUAAGAAAACUUUCUAUAGAAGCCACAAGAAAACAUUAGUAAUGUUCAAAGAACGUUUUAAGAAUAUUAUUUAAUAACAUAUACAUUCUGUUCUCAGCGUCAACAAAACUCUAUCUUCUAUCUUGUUAAUAAAAAAUAAAUGUGUUUGCAUGAUUAAUGCCUAAGCAAAUGAAUUGCCAUGUGUUCUAUAUGUACUUGGAGUUCAAAUCAUGUUAACCCUUAUUAUUGCACACAGAGUGAGUCAAAUCAAAUUGUAUUUGUCACAUGCAAGCCCUUAACCAACAAUGCAGUUUUAAGAAAAAUAAGUGUUAAGUAAAAAAUAGAUAACUAAAACUAAAAAUAACAAAUAAUUAAAGAGCAGCAGUAAAAUAACAGUAGCAAGGAUAUAUACAGGGGGUACCUUUCAAAAGAACCGAUGUGGAUGUGGUGGAGGAGUCAGGCGCAGGACACAGAGGAUUCGUCCAAAAUACUUUACUAGUCCAAAGUGCAACAAAACAAUACACGACCUCGAAAACAAAUGGAGGCGAGGGAAUUACGCAACAUGCAUAAAACAAUAAACAAACUAACAGAGCGCAAACACGCAGCUCCGCACGACAGGCAAACAACAACACACAAUCUAACUAAUACAAAACAGGGAACUUAUAGGACACGUAAUCAGAACACAAACAGACACAGGUGUACAAGACAGACUAAAGCAAUCACACCACGAAACAUACAACGGUGGCAGCUAGUACUCCGGGGACGGCGAACGCCGAAGCCUGCCCGAACCAGGAGGAGGAGCAGUCUCGGCCGAAACCGUGACAGUACCCCCCCUUGACGCGCGGCUCCAGCCGUGCGCCGACCCCGGCCUCGGGGACGGCCAGGAGGACGCGGACCCGGACGCGUGGGAUGCCCACGGUGGAACUCAGUCAGGAGGGAUGGAUCGAGGAUGUCCCUCCUAGGCACCCAGCACCGUUCCUCCGGACCGUACCCCUCCCACUCCACGAGAUACUGGAGACCACUCAUCCGGCACCUCGAGUCCAAGAUGGACCGGACCCUGUACGCCGGGGCCCCCUCGAUGUCCAAAGGGGGCGGAGGGGUCUCUCCUAUCUCAUCUUCUUGGAGUGGGCCAGCUACCACCGGCCUGAGAAGAGACACAUGGAACGAGGGGUUAAUAUUUUUGUACUCAAUAGGCAGUUGUAACCUGUAACACACCUCGUUCAAUCUUCUCAGGACUUUGAAGGGCCCCACAAACCGCCGACCCAGCUUCCGGCAGGGCAGGCAGAGGGGCAGGUUUCGAGUCGAGAGCCAGACUCGAUCUCCCGGUGCGUACACCGGUCCCUCACUGCGGUGGCGAUCGGCGCUCGCCUUUUGUUGACGGAUGGCCCGCUGCAGAUGGACAUGGGCAGCGUCCCACGUCUCCUCCGAGCGCCGAAUCCACUCGUCCACCGCAGGGGCCUCGAUCUGGCUCUCGUGCCACGGUGCCAGGGCCGGCUGAUACCCUAAAACACACUGGAAAGGUGUUAAACCGGUGGAGGAGUGGCGGAGAGAGUUCUGGGCCAUCUCUGCCCAGGGGAUAUACCUGGACCACUCCUCCGGCCGGUCCCGGCAAUAGGACCUCAAAAACCUACCCACAUCCUGGUUGACUCGUUCAACCUGCCCAUUGCUCUCUGGGUGGUACCCCGAGGUAAGGCUCACCGAGACCCCCAAGCGUUCCAUGAACGCCCCCCAGACUCUGGAGGUAAACUGGGGACCUCGGUCAGACACAAUAUCCUCGGGGACCCCAUAGUGCCGGAACACGUGGGUAAAUAGGGCCUCGGCGGUCUGUAGGGCAGUAGGGAGACCCGGCAUUGGGAGGAGACGACAGGCCUUGGAAAACCGAUCCACAACGACCAAAAUGGUGGUAUUCCCCUCGGAAGGGGGUAGAUCGGUCACAAAAUCCACCGAGAGGUGGGACCAUGGUCGUUGUGGAACGGGCAGGGGAUGUAACUUACCCCUGGGCAAAUGUCUAGGCGCCUUACACUGGGCGCACACCGAGCAGGAGGAGACAUAAACCCUCACAUCCUUAGCUAACGUUGUCCACCAGUAUUUCACGCUAAGGCAGUGCACUGUCCGGCCAAUACCUGGAUGUCCAGAGGAGGGUGAUGUAUGAGCCCAAUAAAUAAGACGAUCACGAACCUCGAGCGGAACGUACUUCCGCCCCACAGGACACUCGGGGGGAGUAGGGUCGGCACGCAGUGCCCGCUCGAUUUCCGCAUCGACCUCCCAUACCACCGGAGCCACCAGACAAGACUCCGGCAGUAUGGAAGUGGGCUCAAUGGACCUCUCCUCUGUGUCAUACCGCCGGGACAGGGCGUCUGCCUUACCGUUCUGGGACCCUGGGAUGUAUGUGAUCUUAAAAACAAACCGGGUCAGGAACAUGUUCCACCUAGCCUGACGAGGGUUCAAUCUCCUAGCUGCCCGGAUGUACUCCAGGUUACGGUGAUCGGUCAGAAUGAGGAAAGGGUGUUGAGCCCCUUCAAGCCAAUGCCUCCACACCUUUAGGGCCUGGACUACAGCUAACAGCUCCCUGUCCCCAAAGUCAUAAUUGCGCUCCGCCGAGCUGAGUUUCUUAGAGUAGAACGCACAGGGGCGGAGCUUAGGUGGCGUGCCGGACCGUUGUGACAGGACUGCCCCAAUACCGGUCUCGGACGCGUCUACCUCUACUUGGAAUGGUAAAGAGGGAUCCGGAUGCGCCAGCACCGGGGCCGAGGUGAACAGGUUCUUCAGUUUGACAAAUGCCCUGUCCGCCUCAGCUGACCACUGCAGACGAACCGGACCCCCCUUUAACAGGGACGUAAUGGGCGCUGCAACCUGUCCAAAGCCCUGAAUAAACCUCCGGUAGUAAUUAGCAAAACCCAAGAACUGCUGCACCUCUUUUACAGUGGUUGGAGUUUGCCAAUUACGCACGGCCGACACACGGUCUACCUCUAUCUCCACACCAGACGCGGACAACCGAUAACCCAAAAAGGAGACGGACUCCUGGAAGAACAGGCAUUUCUCUGCCUUGACAUACAAGUCAUGCUCCAACAGUCUUCUCAACACUCGGCGCACCAGGGCUACAUGCUCGGCUCGUGUAGAAGAGUACACUAGGAUGUCGUCGAUGUACACUACCACACCCUGCCCAUGCAUGUCCCGGAAAAUCUCGUCAACAAAGGAUUGGAAGACUGAAGGAGCAUUCAUUAGCCCGUAUGGCAUGACGAGAUACUCGUAAUGACCCGAGGUGGUGCUAAAUGCCGUUUUCCAUUCAUCCCCCUCCCUAAUGCGCACCAGAUUGUACGCGCUCCUGAGAUCCAACUUUGUGAAGAACUGCGCUCCGCGUAAUGACUCCGUCAUAGUCGCAAUCAGUGGAAGAGGGUAACUGUACUUAACCGUGAUCUGAUUGAGACUACGGUAAUCAAUACAUGGGCGCAAACCCCCGUCCUUCUUCUUCACAAAGAAGAAACUCGAGGAAACCGGGGAAGUGGAGGACCGUAUGUAUCCCUGUGCCAAGGACUCGGCUAUGUAAGUCUCCAUAGCCGCUGUCUCCUCUUGAGACAGGGGAUACACACGGCUCCGCGGAAGAGCCGCUCCUGUUUGGAGAUUUAUCGCACAGUCCCCCUGUCUAUGAGGUGGUAGCCGUGUUGCCCUCGUUUUGCUGAACACGAUUGCUAAGUCCUCAUACUCAGGGGGAAUGCGCAUUGCGGGCACUUGGUUCGGACUCUCAACCGAGGUCGCCCCUAAGGAAACACCUAGACAUCUCCCUACACACUGGGCAGACCACUCCAUAAGAGCCCUCUGUUGCCACCCAAUGGUAGGAUCAUGGGUGCUUAACCAGGGAAGCCCCAACACCACGGGGUACGCAGGAGAGUCAAUCAGAUAAAACUGAAUGAUCUCCUCAUGACCCCCCUGCGUCGUCAUAGUAAGUGGUGCUGUGACUUCUCUGAUCAGCCCCGACCCCAACGGCCGGCUGUCUAAGGCGUGGACAGGAAAGGGGGCUUCUACCGGCCGAAGGGGAAUUCCAAACCUAUAACAAAAUGCCCGAUCAAUAAAAUUCCCAGCUGCGCCUGAAUCUACUAGCGCCUUAUGCUGGGAAUGAGGUGCCACCUGUGGAAAUCUCACAGGAAUACUCAUGUGACCAACAGAAAGCUCUGGGUAAGUGGGGCGCCUACUCACCUGAAAUGACUCACCAGUGCGUGACCUGCUGUCCCCUCUCCCAGGAGACCCUCCCCAGCACCUGGCCGCGGUGUGUCCUCCACGGCCACAGUUGGUGCAGGGGGUGGCCCCCCUCGGGUUCUCUCUCCUCCUCUCUCUAGCGCCAGCACCCCCGAGCUCCAUGGGAAUCGGCUCGGAGGUGCUGGAGGGUGGAAUGGUCGGCCUCCACUCGGGACGUCCGCGGGUAGCCAGCAGGGUGUCGAGACGUAUGGAGAUGUCCACCAACUGGUCGAAUGAUAGGUUGGUGUCCCUGCAGGCCAGCUCACGACGAACGUCCUCUCGUAGGCUGCACCGGUAAUGGUCGAUGAGGGCCCUCUCAUUCCACCCCGCAUCCGCCGCUAGCGUCCGGAACUCCAGUGCGAACUCCUGUGCGCUCCUCUUCCCCUGUCGGAGGUGGAACAGACGCUCCCCCGCAGCUUUCCCUUCAGGUGGGUGAUCGAAGACAGCCCUGAAGCUGCGGGAGAACUCCGCGUAGGUGAUGGUAGCGGCGUCUAUUCCCCUCCAUUCGGCGUUGGCCCACUCCAACGCCUUGCCGGAUAGACAGGAGAUGAGGGCGGAGACGCUCUCGUAUCCCGAGGGCGCUGGGUGUAUGGUAGCCAGGUAGAGUUCCACCUGCAGGAGGAACCCCUGACACCCAGCUGCAGAACCGUCAUAUGCCCUCGGGAGCGAGAGCCGAAUGCCACUGGGUUCCGGUGCUGAGAGAGGAGGACUGGCCGUUGGUGAUGGGAUGGAGUAAGAAGGCGUGGGCACCUCUCCAGUCACCAACCGGCGCAGAGUGUUGGACACCUCGUCCAUGGCGGCCCCAAGUUGCCGGAUCAUGGUGUCUUGAUAGCUGAUCCGUUCUUCCAGCGACUUGGGUGCCGCCGCUGCUCCUGCUGACUCCAUAGUUGGGUGUGUUGUUCUGUCAAAAGAACCGAUGUGGAUGUGGUGGAGGAGUCAGGCGCAGGACAUAGAGGAUUCGUCCAAAAGACUUUACUAGUCCAAAGUGCAACAAAACAAUACACGACCUCGAAAACAAAUGGAGGCGAGGGAAUUACGCAACAUGCGUAAAACAAUAAACUAACAGAGCGCAAACACGCAGCUCCGCACGACAGGCAAACAACAACACACAAUCUAACUAAUACAAAACAGGGAACUUAUAGGACACGUAAUCAGAACACAAACAGACACAGGUGUACAAGACAGACUAAAGCAAUCACACCACGAAACAUACAACGGUGGCAGCUAGUACUCCGGGGACGGCGAACGCUGAAGCCUGCCCGAACCAGGAGGAGGAGCAGUCUCGGCCGAAACCGUGACAGUACCGGUACAGAGUCAAUGUGCGGGUGCACAGGUUAGUCGAGGUAAUUGAGGUAAUAUGUACAUGUAGGUAGAGUUAAAGUGACUAUGCAGAGAUAAUAAAUAGAGAGUAGCCAAUAGUACAGGUAGCCAUUUGAUUAGCUGUUCAGGAGUCUUAUGGCUUGGGGGUAGCAGCUGUUAAGGAGCCUUUUGGACCUAGACUUGGCGUUCCGGUACCGCUUGCUGUGCGGUAGCAGAGAGAACUGUCCAUGACUAGGGUGGCUGGAGUCUUUGACAAUUUUGAUAAUGACAAAUUUACGAACGACAAAACGGUUCACAAAUAAAAAUGGCUGAAAACAGAGACUCUGGUUGACAGAGACAGUAAUGAAGACAAUGUAAGAUCAACACAUUGGCCUUGCAACAUGCAUUUGGCGUGUCACUAACCUUGUUACUGUUUAGCUACAGUAACAUCAAGUUAGCUAGCUAGCUAGCUGGCUAGCUAACGUUAGGGUGACCAUACGUCCUCUUUUUCCCGGACAUGUCCUCUUCUUGGACCUAAAAAAAUGCGUCCGGCCGGGAUUUCUAAAUCGCCCAAAAUGUCCGGGAUUCGGCUUUUGCUUUCUACAGUCGCCAUUCAUUGUGUGCAUUUUUGGGGUUUUGCAUUUAUUUGACCUUUCUCUUUAGGUCCCGCCUUCUCACACGCCACCAUUGGUCGGUCAUGUAGGCCUACGCAAACAUUGGUCAAACUGCAUCUCAAUCAUUACCCUCACCAUGGCAACAGCCAAGAGACAGAGCAGCAGCUUGCUUGUCAACAGUGGCACAUGGCUCCAGAACAGGGUAAAAAUGCCCAAACGCAAAUGUAAAUUCACAGACGAUUUACAGAGAAAAUUCCUGUGUUUUCGUCUUGGUCAGGAUCCGUGUGAAGCAGAAUGCAUGACCUGCAAAGCUGGCACGUACGUGUCAGUGUCAAAUAAAGGUGCUAGCGACCUAGAAGCCCACAUAAGCUCCGCAAAACACAAAAUUGCAGCUAAAGGAGAGUGUUCAUCAGGUAAAUUAACUGACUAUUUUGUGAGAGCAGGUAAAACAGAAGAUGUUACUGCUGCGGAGGGAGUUUUUGCAUUCCACACCACGAAGCAUCACAAUAGCUACAGAUCAAUGGACUGCACAUCUGCCUUGUUAAAAAAGGCUUUCCCUGAUUCCGAGACUGCGUGAACAUUUUCAAGCGCUCGUACUAAGACCGAAGCAAUUGUUAACGCUGUGAUAGCACCACAUUCUGUCGACACAGCUCUGAAAGCACUAGAAGACAUACCUUAGUGUGGUGUUUCUACUGAUGGGAGCAAUCACGGUGCUGUGAAAAUAUUCCCUCUGCUUAUUCAGCAUUUUGAUUGGAAGAAUGGUGGCGUGCAAAGUAAAUUAGUCGAAGUUAAAAACACUCCAAAUGAGACAGCUGAUACGAUCGAGCAAUACAUCAAAGAAACACUGGAAAAGAAUGGGAUUUUUUCAAAAUGUAUUGCAUUUACAGGUGACAACUGCAAUACAAUGUUCGGGGGAAUCCGGCGUGAUGAAGAAGGAAAGAAUGUUUUCGCAAACUUAAAGAAGUCAUUGCAGAACAAGUCUUUAAUCGGUGUGGGCUGCCCAGCACACGUCUUGAACAAUUGUGUUCAUUACGGGACAGACACACUAGAUGACGAUAUUGAGAACAUCAUCUUCAAAAUAUGUCAAUACUUUCACAUCUACACUGUGCGCGCAGAGAAUCUGAAGGAGUACUGUGAAUUUGUUGAUGUUGAAUACAGAAGUCUCCUUUCUCACAGCAAGAUGCAAUGGCUGUCAUUAUUCCCAGGUAUUGAGAGGCUGCUACAGAUGUUUCCAGCCUUGAAAGCAUUAUUUUUGUCACAGGAAAAAACACCCUCCUUUGAAGAUGAGUUCAGUGAAAUUUACCUCUGGCACAUGCACUCACUCAUGUGUGUGUUUCAUUCACACAUUCAGGAGAUGGAAAGGGAGAGUAAUUCAAUUGUGGAAGUGAAGAACCUUUUGAACAAAGUCCACACCAUGCUUCUUGAACGCAAGACCAAUAACUUCAUGUCCCUUAAAGUUAAGGGACUAUUGGCACAAAAGCACAAGGAUGGACUUGGUAAGAAUUGUGACCAUUUCAGUGUUCAAGUACAGGGUCUGUACAGUUCAUGCCUGGAGUAUCUGGAGAAAUGGAUGGCACCCAUGGAUGAGUUCUCCUCUUUCAUGUGGAUGGAUCUGAGUGAGACACCUGACUGGAAUGACAUAAAAGCCUGUAUCAAACACCUGGGAGAAAAGGGGGAUGCCAAUUGAUGAUGCAAAGUGCUUUGAUCAGGUCACCAACCUGAAGAAAUUCACAGAACGGUGUAACAGUGAUGGAGAGUUCAGUAAUCUGCAAGCACACAAGAAGUGGACCAAAUAUUUUGAAAGGUCCAAAAGCAUAGAUUUUCAUUCAGAGCUACUGAAGAUUGCACAGUUUUUAUUUGCUAUUCCUUCUCACAAUGCAAAUAUAGAGAGAGUUUUUUCACUGAUGCAAAGCCAGUGGACAAAGGAAAGGAAUCACUUGUCUGUUGAGUCACUGAAGGGGCUUCUGUGUACACAAUACAACUUAUUGUAAAGACUUUGCAAUCAAGGACUGUUGGGAAAGAUUCGAUCUUCGGGAAAGUAUACCAGAGAGCAUCAGGAGUACUGACAUUAUCUUUGACUGAAAUAGUGGAUUUUUUUAUGACAACAGUUUAUUUUAUUUUAUUUUAACCUAUGGCCAUGAAAAGAAACAGUGUCAUGUAAAAGGUGUUAAAAGCUAAACAAUUGUUUUUGUUUUGUUAUUAUUCUAUAGUUGAGGGCCAACAGUUGAAUGGAAAGGAUGUAUUACUUUAUGUAUUAAAGGUUCAAUAACAUAGUUGCAUGGUUGUGAACGCAUUUGUAUUUACCACCCACUGCGGGUGUCCGUCUGCCUCCCGCUCCCACUGUCCUCUUUUUUGAAAACUAAAAUAUGGUCACCCUAGCUAACGUUAGCAAGUGCAAUCAGCUGAUUGUCAGGAAUGGCAAUAGCUAGAGUAGUAUAAUGGAACUUCCUUAGCUAGUAACAUAGCAGGCUGUUCUAGACAGAUAGGUAGCUUGCUACAGUACAAUGUCUUUCAUUUGUUUGUUUUUUACAUCGAAAUCCUGAAUAUGUUAACACCCAAUCCGCAACUUACACACACACGGAUUCCAGACAAUGCCGAAAAGAAUUGUACCUAUUGAUGACAACUUCAAAAUGUACUUCAGAAUGAAAAGGAGCACCUUCCAAAUCCUCUGCGAGGAAACAGCUACCCAAAUAACCAACCAGGCAGUCGGUCGGCCAUCCAUUCUAGCAGACAAACAGCUCAUGACUGUUCUGUGGUUACUAGGAAAUCAGGAGUCAUUCAGGUGAAUAUUGUCGUGCCAUUAUAAAUUAAUCAUGAUCAUGGAUGUGAUCAGGUACAGAACUUGACAAAAUGAUGCCCAAAUCUACAGUACCACACCAUUAAUAAGCAACGUCAUAACUAACCAACUCCAUCACAGCUAUCUACUGUAGUCCAUACACGUGCACAGACCAACAACAUACAAUUAUAGACCUAGCUACCUCAAACACUGUAAUAAGUUGUCAUUAUACUCAGACAACAGGUAAACAGGGCCACAGACUGUUACUCGCACAUUUUAAAAUAUAUAAUAAAAGAAACGGCAAGCGAUCUGCAAUAAAACUCACCAGAAAUCCAUCCUGCUAAAUGGUCUAUCGGUGUUGUUUGCAUGAUAUUGACAUGACCUUUCAACUGUCAUAAAGCACUGUAUUAAAAGGCACAUGGUAGCUCUGACGCCGUGUGGUGGUAAUGACAAACUGCAUGUUACUGCAGCAUCAUUUGGAUUUGAUCUCGAGUCAUGACUGAUAGGCCUAGUUGGCAAAGAGUGAAUUUAGGUUCAGAGUAGUGUUAUAAUGUUAUUAUAACAGUUAUAUCAUAAUGUAUAUAAUAUCAUAAUAUAAAUGAUAUUCCUUUGUGCAGGGGAAUCGGCGACAGGUUCGAUAUUUCUAAAAUCUACGGUCGAGGCCUGCUUUCAGAGGUCGAUCGAAGCCGUAUCUCAUCUCUCUGCACGUGUCAUCAUCUGGCCAACAGGGGCCAGAGCACAAGAGGUCAUCAGUGGCCACACAAAGGCAGCUAAGUUCCCUGGAGUGAUCGGAGCCAUUGACGGAACACACAUUCCUAUCAAAGCCCCCCGAGAAUACCCUGAGACAUAUAACAACCAAAAGUCGUUCCAUUCUAUGAAACUCCAGGCCGUCACGACGACAAAAAUGCUUUUCACCAGUGUAUAUAGUGCCUAUCCCGGCUCAGUGCAUGAUGCAAGGGUGUACCGGAACUCUGCACCAGAUGAUUACCACCAACCCGCAGUCUAUGGUGCCCAAUGACACCCACAUCCUGGUGGAUCCAGCAUACCCUCUACAACCAUGGCUGCUGGUUCCUUUCAAAGACAACGGCCACCUAUCAGGAGUUCAAAAAAGCUUCAACAACUCACUCUGCACCACAAGGUGCACAAUAGAGAAGUCCUUCGCCCACCUGAAGGGAAGGUUCAGGCACCUGAAGUACCUUGAUAUGAACCGCACUGGCCUGAUCCCACUCUGUAUCCUCGCAUGUUGUGUGCUACACAACAUUUGCCUCUGCAAUGAUGAUACCAUAGAUGGUGUGCUCCGGGGCUACACGGUGAACAGGAAGAAGAGCAGGAUGCCAAUGAUGAAGAGAGGGUCAUGCCUGUUGCAUCGCAGAAGCGGAACUACAUUGCUCACCUGUUGUCUCAUGAGCUGUAGGCUAAAACCCAAACCCACCCCAUGCCUCUGGACCAGAGUUGGGCACCCCACCUCAAGAUGUGUGUAUGCGAUGGAGCAAGCCCUUACUAUUCCACUGCAGCUCUCUCUCUCUGUUUCUCCCCCACAUUUCUCUCUGUAUGCCCACAUGACAUAGUGUCACGCCCUGACCUUGAGAGCCCUGUUAUGUCUCUAGUUAGUUUGGUCAGGGUGUGAAUGCUAGUUGUUCUAGGUUAUAUAUUUCUAUGUUGGCCGGGUGUGGUUCCCAAUCAGAGGCAGCUGUCGAUCGUUGUCUCUGAUUGGGGAUCAUACUUAGGCAGCCAUUUUGCCUAACUUUAGUUGUGGGAUCUUGUUUCUGUAUUCUGUUUAGGCUUGUUGCUGUUAGCGUUUAGAACUUCACGUUCAGUUGCUUUUGUUAUUGUUUUGUUUAUUUAAAUAAUUAAAACAUGUACGCAUACCACGCUGCACCUUGGUCCAAUCCUUAUUACAACGAACGUGACACAUAGUUUACAGUUGAACAAACAAAAACAGAAAACAAUGUUAGUUUUUAUUGAAUAAUUAAAGUCAAUGUAUUUCAUUUACUACAAAUAAUAAACUUGUAAAUAAAUAAACUAAACCUGUUUUGUUGUGACUAUACAUAUUUGAUAUAGAAUUAAUAAAUAACAUUGUUUAAUUUCUUUAAAUUCAUUUCAUUUCAGGUUCUUAAUUUUUACCACUUCACUUCUUCAAGCUUUGGAGGAUGUUUACUACAGUUCUCUGUUGGUCCAGUAGUUGCUUCAUCAUGGCCAUCUUCUCUGUGUGGCGUGUCUGUGCUUCCAAUGCCCUUUUCCAGCUGCCUUCUGUCGUGUAUCAACCUCCACCCUGUAAUCUUUAAACCAAGCUGGCUCCUCUGCAGAUUGUGUUGUUUCUCCCUCAUCCUCUGGCUGGUGUGCAUUGUCCUCUGGCUCAGUGGACUCUGCUUGUGUCAGGUCAGGUUGAGCGGUGGGCUUUGGAGCAAUUGGUAGACCUAACAUGGGCUGAAACCCACUGAUGUUGCUGGCUAGUGACACAGGGUUGAUGUUGGGGUAUCUGUGAAGGAGGGUGUCUAGCGCAUUAAAAUAUGGGCAUGUUGCCCUUCCUGUUAUUAGAGAGGGUCUCCUUGUACACUUUUAACAUGCCCUUCCACUUGUUGUCACAUUGGGGGCCUGUGACCUGAUGGCCUUUCUUCUGCAUUUCUAGUGCAAUGGAAAUUAGAUCUGUAUUGUUCAUAAAGUGCAUUGAGAAGAAGGACCGCUGCCUGGUCCCAGGUGAACCCUGCUACCCCUUACUCAAUGGCUCCCUGACUGACUCCUGA